CCCCCCCCCGCGUUUUCCGUGUGUGUCUUCCCCGUGUGGAGGAUGUCUGGUGGUCCGCCGGGCUCGGGCCCUCCCUCCGGGCAGUCUGGUGCGCCGCGGCCGGCCAAGCGCCCGCGGCCGGCGGAUGGUCCCCCCUCGGCGCCCCAGCCGGCGGAACUGCCCUUCCCGAACAGCCUCUUUCUGGAAACCCUCCAGCGCAUCGAGUCCGAUGCCAUCCAUCGGUCGAGCCAGGCGCGGUUCACCUACCGCAAGGCCAUUCGCAGCCUCCAGCGCUAUCCGCUGGUGCUGCCGGACGGCACGUCGUGCCUGAUCCUGGAGGGCGUUGGCCGGGGGAUCGCCCAAACCCUGGACCGGGCAUUGGCUGCCUACACCCGCGAUCACGGGCCGCCGGAGUUGGCCCUGCACCGUGUGGCCGAUGUGCUGGCUCCGCUCGGGUCACUGGGCCUGCCUGGGGUUCAGCCCGCGGCCCCGGCGGCCAGCCAGGAGCCGGCCCCCACGGCGGUGGCCCCGGCAAAGGCUGCCCCCGGGGGCAAGUCCCGGAAGAAAUCCACCCGCAUGUAUGCCCCGGCCCCGGGCAGCGUUCCGUUCUCCAUCCUGACCAGCCUCCUGCGCUUGGAUGAGGCGACCUCCCGGGCGGCCUUCGUCCCCUGGCGGCCGGAAGUUGACGCCGAGGGUGGCGACUCGCCGGGCGCCGGCCCGGGGGCCCCGGCCGCCGGGGGGGGCUAUGUCGGCAACUUCCGAAAUCACAUCCACACACGCGAGGCCAUCAUUUCGGAGGCGGAAGUGUGCAUGCGCCUGCUGGCGGCCAAUCAGCAGGUGGACCUGUCCGGGACCCUGGUUUUGAGCUCCUCCUUCUCGGCCAUGACCGGGCUCAUCAAGCGGGGGCUUGUUUCGCGAUCCUCGGAGCCCAAUCGGUAUCACUUGAAUAGCGAGGGCACCGAACUGGCGCAUGUGCUUUGCACGACGGCCGGCCUGCCGCCGGGAUUCGCCCGACCGGACGACGAGGUCCCGGCCGCCGCCGCCGACACACAGGCCCCUGCCGCCGCGGCUGGCCCUGCUGCUGCCGCGGGCGUUGCCGGCGCUGCCGCCAUGCCGGCUGCCGUGCCGAUUUCCGAGCUCUCCCUUUCGCACCCGGAGAUUCGAACCAUCACCAUGCACCCGGGCACCUUCGAGAUCAUGAUGCUGCUGGAUUCGCGGGAGGUGCGCGGGCGAAGUGACCGCGACUACAUCCAGGGGCAGCUGUCCGGCAAGGGCUACGCCGUGGACACCCGGCCCCUGUCGGUGGGCGACAUCACCUGGGUAGCGCGCGAUCCCUCGACACAUGCGGAGGUCAUGCUGGGCGUGGUGGCCGAGCGCAAGCGCCUCGACGAUUUGGCGGCCAGCAUCAAGGACCGGCGGUAUCGCGAGCAGAAGCACCGGCUCCAAUUGUCCGGCAUGGAUUUGGUGUUUUACAUCGUCGAGGACCAUACCUCCUCGGGGUCGGUCAUGUUCGAGGCUGAGCGCAGCCGGCUCGAAUCGGCGGCUCUGCACACGCAGACCGAUAAUCACUUCUUCCUGCGGAAUACCACUGGGCUGGACGACACGAUCGAGCUGCUGGAACACCUGACCACUUACCUUGGAAAGCUGUAUCUGGGCCGCGAGUUGGUGGCCCUGGACCAGAUGCCGGUGGUGUAUUCGGCGCGAGACAUUGCCGAUGUGCGGCAUGCCCUGUCGCGGGAGCUGCGAGAGGGCCCCCCCGCGCGGGGCCCGGCGCCCGGUCCGGUUCCCCGCCUCUCGCGCAUUCUGCUGACCUACCGUCUAUUCGGGGAAAUCAACACCAAGAGCCAGCUGCAGACAGUGGGCGAACUUUACCUGAAGCAGUUGGUCCAGGUGAAGAGCCUCGGGCCGGACAUGGCGCUGGCCAUUGCGCAGGAGUAUCCGACCCUCUUUGACCUCUACCGCGCGUAUGCCGCACUAGAUGAUGAUAAUGCGCGGCGGCGGCUGGUGGAGGGCAUUCGCGUGGAGCGAACCGGCCGGCGGAUUGGCCCGGCGGUCAGCCGAGCGCUCUUUGCGGCACUCUUCUCCGACGGGUAGCGACCGGGGGUUGAUUUGGCCGAGGCGGGGCUUGUCGCUCGGCCCGGCUGGUGGACUUGCUCGCCGGGCGGCUCGCGGCUGGAUGGCCGCACUUGUAUAUUAUUCGCAUGCGCGCUUGCGCGUGCAUCCCCUGGCGAUCUUCAACAACUUCAAUUAUUCAA